AUGGCCAGGAUCCAGCCCCAUCUCAGAGGCCAGGCCAUGGAAGCCAUGUCCCUGCCAGUCCCAUGGAAGGGGCUGCUGUCCUUUGAAGACGUGGCUCUGUACUUCACUAGGGAAGAGUGGGACACGCUGGACUGGGCUCAGAAGGCCCUCUACAGGGACGUGAUGCUGGACAACUACAGACACGUUGUCUCCUUGGGAUUUCAGUUUCCCAAACCUGAGGUGAUCUGUCAGCUGGAACAGUGGGAAGAGCCGUGGAUCCUGGAUCUGCAGAGAGCGGGGACUAGGAAGGCUUCCGGUAGUGCCUGCCCAGAUUCGGAAGCCAGAUUCCAGACGAAAGAGCUCACCCCAAAGGAGAACAUUUCUGAAGAUUUAAUGUUAUGGAAGAUGUCAGCGGUAAAGCAGAAAACAGCCAAGGAGCCUUCAGAAGAGUUACGUGAAUGUGAUGAAUUUGUGGACAUUUACGGAUUUUCACUCCCUGCUACUGGUGAUGAGUGCUGUAAGGACUUCCUUCAAAGCCUUAACCUUAUUCACAGUCGGAGAGCUCAGACAAGGACACAGCAGGGCAAAUAUGAUGAGUAUGGAAAACCCUGCCAUCACAGAUCACGGCUUUUGAGGCACAAGAGAACUCUGACAAACGCAAAAUCUUAUGAAUGCCACGAAUGUGGAAGAGCCUUCCAGCGACAGGCAAAUUUUGUUCGACAUCAAAGACUUCACAGUUCAGAGAAUCCCUUUGAGUGUGACAUAUGUGGGCAGGCUUUCAAACAGAAGUCCGCUCUGAUCGUCCACAAACAGUGUCACUCACAAAAAAAGCCAUAUAAAUGUCAUGACUGUGGAAAGUGUUUCCGUCAGAUGGCGUAUCUCAUUGAACAUAAGAGGAUCCAUACCAAAGAAAAACCCUAUAAGUGCAGCAAAUGUGAAAGAACGUUUAGUCAGAAUUCAACGCUUAUUCGACAUCAGUUAAUCCACAGUGGAGAGAAACCCCACAAGUGCGCUAAAUGUGGAAAAGCCUUUGGCCGGCACUCAACCCUUAUGAGCCAUCAACAGAUUCACAGUAAACAGAAUGCCCACAAAUGCAGUGAGUGUGGAGAAUCCUUUGGUCGGAAUGUCGAUCUCAUUCAGCAUCAAAGGAUCCACACGAAGGAGGAGUUCUUUGAGUGUAGAGACUGUGGGAAAACCUUUAGCUUUAAGGCAAAUCUUCAUCGACAUGAGGUUAUUCACACUGGAGAGAGACCCUACAGGUGUGACAAAUGUGGAAAGUCUUUCAGUUGGCGCACAAGCUUUAUUAAGCAUCAGGGUACCCACAGAGAGCAGGUAUCUGCAUGAGAUUAACUGGGAAAGCUACCAUUUAAAGCCCAGAACUUAACUGCUACGGCAAGUAUGUAUAACCUGAUUGUUUCAUGAAAAUUAAUAAACAAGAACUGUUUUUUCUGUGGGGACCCUCUCCUUGUAGCCAACCUUCUGGAUG